UGCUGAACGCUGAGCACAUAGUCAGUGGGAAUAAGAAAGCCCUGCAGCCUGUAGAGCUCCUCAAACCUGCUGGAGUUAAAAAGCCAAGAAGGAGGAUUUCAGACAUUCAUCAGCGUCGGAGAAGAAACUUUGGAGUCCUUGGAGGAUUAAAACAGAGAUCAGUCUUCAUCUCUAAUUUAGUGAUCUCCAUCAUCUGUCAUCUACAACCACCACCACCACCAUCACCAGCACCAGCACCAGCACCUGCACCACCCUCAUCCUUCCUGCCAUCAUGUUCAGACUGCUGUCCCUCGCACUGCUUCUCUCGGCCACUCGUCUGUCCUUCAGCCUCUUCCUGCCCGACUCUCCUGAGCUCCGGCGGCUGUUGAAUCGCUACGAGAACGAGCUUCAGACCAACGUCACGGCCUCGACGUCAGGCUCGCGUGUACGCCGCGCAAUACCGUGGUCCGAUCGUGAGGAGAUCCUUCUUCUGCACAACAAACUCAGAGGUGGCGUCUAUCCAACCGCCUCCAACAUGGAGUACAUGAUAUGGGAUGAUGAACUGGAGCGUUCUGCUACACACUGGGCCGAACAGUGUCAGUGGGAACACGGACCCCAUGACCUGCUUAUGUCUAUUGGACAGAAUCUGGCAGUGCACUGGGGCAGAUACCGUUCCCCUGCUUACCACGUCCAGACCUGGUAUGAUGAGGUGAAGGACUACACGUACCCCUACCCACACGAGUGCAACCCCUGGUGCCCCGAACGCUGCUCCGGACCCAUGUGUACUCACUAUACGCAGAUCGUCUGGGCCACCACCAACCGCGUGGGUUGCGCCGUCCAUGUGUGUCCGAGCAUGAACGUGUGGGGGGAGGUGUGGGAGAACGCCGUCUACCUCGUGUGCAACUACUCACCGAAGGGAAACUGGAUUGGGGAGGCACCUUACCGGAACGGACGUCCGUGUUCUCAGUGUCCUCCCAGCUACGGUGGAGUCUGCAAGGACAACCUGUGCUAUAAGGGAGCUCCUCAGCGUCCUGAGACUCCAGACAUGAAUGAAGUGGAGAAGCCUCAGGUUCCUGUGCAGGUGGAGAUCCCUGUGGUCAGACCUAAACCCAAACCCAAACCUUCUCCACCCAAAAAGGCCACGCCGUCUAAGCCGGCUCAAACCAACUUCCUGACUCAAAACAUCAGGUGCGAGACGAAGAUGAGGGACAAGUGCAAAGGUGUGACCUGUAACAGGUAUAACUGCCCCGCUAACUGCAUCGACAGCACCGCUAAAGUCUGGGGCACGCUCUACUACGAUGUGCAAUCGAGUAUCUGCCGCGCUGCCAUCCAUUACGGAGUCAUCGAUAAUAACGGAGGCCUGGUGGAAGUCACGAGGAAGAACAAUUUCCCUUUCUUCGUUAAAGCCACAAAGAACGGAGUGGAGUCUCACAGUAAAUAUAAAAUGGCGAAUGCUUUUCUGGUAGCCAAAGUGGAAAAAAGAUCCAUCGACUGCUACACUAGGAUGGCUGAUAUUUGCCCCUUCAGCAGCCAGCCCAGCCCCUGCCCGAGGGUCGAGUGCCCAUCCAGUUGUAAGAAUCAGCCCUCGUACUGGGCUCCAGUGAUCGGCACCGGCAUCUACGCUGACACCUCUAGUAUCUGCCGGGCUGCUCUCCAUGCCGGUGUGCUCAAAGCUUCAGGAGGAUAUGUGGACAUCUUGGCUAUGGAUAAGAAGAACAGCUACACAGGCAGCCUGAAGAACGGCGUCCAGUCUGAAAGUAAAUCCCAGUCGCAGGGCGGGUCCUUCCGUGUCUUCAAGGUGCGAGAGUGAUGUUUGAACACACAGGGUCUCCCGUCCACUUCUCCAGGGACACACAGUCUUCUCAUCAGGACAAAAGAAAAACACAUUUUUCUACCGUCAUCAUGUGGAAUUCUCUCUCGGUGCGACAGCGAAGGGACCUAUACCACCAUUUGACCUUCCUCCUCCAUCAUUCGUCAUUCCCGAUAUCUUCUUACUUGUUUAUUUUUAUACUAUUUACCCGUACGUGGUGGCUGAAAGGACAUUAUUUACCAGCAGUGCUGGUGUUAUAUAUAUUCAGUCAUUUUCUAAUCUUUUAUGAAAGAAUAUAAAUAUAUUGAUCACACUGUAUUUAAUCCUCAUUUUGUUUUGUACAGCUUUCCUUUGUGAUUAUAAUUUUUUCCUUUUUUCUGCUGCACUUUCCCACUCUUAGCUUGUCUUUUAGCAUUCUAUUUUGUUUUUUAUGACCCUGUUGAGUUUAUAUAGUGCAGGGUGGCAGGCGAGCAGGCAGCAGCGCUCAGCGUCUGGGGGAAAAGCACAUCACCGUGAGCUUUGUUCUCAUGGCCAGAGGAACCUUCGUGAACUGUGGGGUAGACAGAUUCUCUGUGUAGGAACGGGAAAGGAAGGAGGAGAAACGGCAACGCUCCAAAUAAAAGAGACCUUUUCCUGUACGCUUGUGUUAAAGCUUUCCAGAAUCAAUAACGUAAGCGUUUCACCCGAGGUGUAAAAACAAUGAAGUGGCCUUUCAGAAGUCCGAGGAGAAAAGAAAACCGAGCGCACGUGAGCCGGAUUUCUGCCUUGGUAUCAUCCAAGCUUCUGAACGAUUCAGAAAAUGUUGAUUAAUUUCCUAAACCCGCAGCUGGAAAUCACAGGAUAUAUUAAUAUUAACGCGCUCGGCGUAAUAUUCUAAUAUCUUCUCGUUUCUAUAGCAACAGCUCGUUCACAGGGGCUAAUGAUUACCUGCGAGGAAUAAUAUGCCGCAUCACACCACCAUGACUGAUUCGUUUUCUCUACCAGCAUGACCUGAGGUGUUUUAUUCCUUAAACACAAUAAAAAAAUCUUAAAAGUCCUAAAAAGUUUCAAAAAUAACCAUUUCGAGUAUGUAAUUGUACAUUUUCUCACACGCACAUCAUUGCAAAUUUGUGUUAGCGUUACUACUGUUAAAAUUUUCGGAUUAUUUUAGUUGGAAUUUUUCAAAUGAGCAUUCUUAAAAAACAACAACAAAAAAACAAACAAAUAAAAAAUAGUUUAAUGUUCUAGGCGCUAAGACAUCACAUUUAUAUUGUGUUUCAAUUACAAAAAAUUGUAAGCUAGCAUAGUAUAUAAACUUAAAUGUCGUAAUGGGAAAAGAAAAGAAAAAAAGAGAAAAAAAUUUAGGUUAAUUUUUCCAUAUUUCUAAGCUGAAUAUUUUCCACAAUUCAAAUUUACGAUGAAGGUUUAUUCUGUGUAAAAGUAGAUAAUUAUCUCUCCAUCUUUAGCUAACUCUCCAUUUUUCUCUUCUGUCUUCAUGUGCUACCUCAGUCUUUUGCUACAGCUUGAGUGUUAUUCGGGGUUUAAGUGUUUUGUGGGAAACAAUUUGUACAGAUUUGUGUAAAUAUUGUGAUUUAUAACUGUUUUUUUUAAAAAAUAGUUGUGGAUGCGAAGGUAUGUUUUCUAUGAAAGUAUGUUUUUAUGCUUUUGUAUCUUUUGAUUAUUAUUAUUCAUGAUACGUUUUUAAAAAUGGCAAAAAGUUGUAGUUCUGUCCGUAUAACCUUUAUGUUUAAAUGAAAAGCUGAAACGGUGAAACCUUGGACGUGAUUUAAUCAUGAAGCUUCUCCAGGGUUUGUAUUGGAGUUGGAUUUAGUUGUUGAUUUUUUUAUUUCACUUGGCAUCUACUGCAGGUAGUGAAAGCUGUUUUUGCACAAAAUUGAAAAUAAAGUUUAAUGAUAGCCUA